GCGUGUGUGAGAGAGAGAUCCUGCCCGCUCUUUGUUCGCGUGCCGCCCAGAGACGUGCGAAGGUCACGCGUGUGACACGCGCGGCGCGGCCCUACCCGGCCCGCAGGCUCCCCACGCCCGGGCCGCGGACGCUAGGGGGCCGCAGCCGCCAGCGGCGUCACGUGGGGGCCGGGCCGAGCACAGCGGGAGCUCCCGGCGCUGCCGCGCGGGGCGUCGCCCGCUACAUCGGCGCGGGGAAGGGCAGGGACAGGGACGGGGGACGGCGAAGGCGGCUCCUGCAGCCCGCGUCGCUCCUAUGUGAAGGGCGCGGGGCGGCCGCAGCCAUGAGCUCGGCCGAGCAGACCGUAACGUGGCUCAUCACCCUGGGCGUGCUGGAGUCGCCCAAGAAGAGCAUCGCGGACCCCGAGGGCUUUCUGCAGGCGUCGCUCAAGGACGGCGUGGUGCUGUGCCGCCUGCUCGACCGCCUGCUGCCCGGCACCAUCGACCGGGUGUACCCGGAGCCGCGCACUGAGACCGAGUGUCUGAGCAACAUCCGCGAGUUCUUGCGGGGCUGUGGCGCCUCCCUCCGCCUCGAGACUUUUGAUGCAAAUGACCUGUAUCAAGGGCAGAACUUCAACAAGGUUCUAAGCUCCUUGGUUGCUUUAAAUAAGGUAACUGCAGACAUUGGGCUAGGAAGUGAUUCCGUAUGUGCACGACCCUCAUCUCAUCGGAUAAAAUCCUUUGACUCUCUUGGAUCCCAGUCUUUACACAGUAGAACUUCAAAACUCUUUCAGGGACAAUAUCGAAGUCUGGACAUGACCGAUAACAGCAACCAUCAACUGGUGGUGAGAGCAAAAUUUAACUUUCAACAGACAAAUGAAGAUGAACUUUCAUUUUCAAAAGGAGAUAUUAUUCAUGUUACAAGAGUAGAAGAAGGAGGCUGGUGGGAAGGGACUCACAAUGGCAAAACAGGAUGGUUUCCAAGUAACUAUGUACGAGAAAUAAAGUCAAAUGAAAAACCAGUCUCCCCCAAAUCAGGAACACUAAAGAGUCCUCCCAAAGGUUUUGAUACGUCUGCAAUUAGCAAAAGCUAUUACAAUGUGGUGCUACAAAAUAUUUUAGAAACAGAAAAUGAAUAUGCUAAGGAACUACAGACAAUGCUUUCAAACUACCUGCGACCAUUACAAGCCAGUGAAAAGUUAAAUUCUAUAAAUACUUUGUAUUUAAUGGGAAACCUGGAGGAAAUCAGUUCUUUCCAGCAAAUGCUUGUACAGUCUUUAGAAGAGUGCACCAAGCUGCCUGAAGCUCAGCAGAGAGUUGGAGGAUGUUUUCUCAGUCUCAUGCCACAAAUGAAAAGCUUGUACCUUGCAUACUGUGCCAACCAUCCAUCAGCAGUAAACGUUCUCACAGAACACAGUGAAGAACUAGGGGAAUUCAUGGAGAUGAAAGGUGCCAACAGCCCUGGGAUCCUUGUUUUGACCACAGGCCUCAGCAAACCUUUUAUGCGUCUGGAUAAAUACCCCACGUUACUCAAAGAACUUGAAAGGCACAUGGAGGAUUAUCAUCCAGAUCGACCAGAUAUUCAGAAGUCUAUGACUGCCUUCAAAAAUCUUUCUGCACAAUGUCAAGAAGUACGGAAAAGAAAAGAACUUGAACUCCAGAUACUGACAGAAGCUAUUCGCUGCUGGGAGGGAGAGGACAUCAAAACACUGGGCAAUGUAAUUUAUAUGUCCCAGGUCAUGAUUCAGUGUGCUGGAAGUGAGGAGAAGAAUGAAAGAUAUCUUCUUCUAUUCCCUAAUAUUUUGCUCAUGUUAUCUGCCAGCCCAAGGAUGAGUGGAUUUAUCUAUCAGGGAAAGCUGCCAAUGACCGGAAUGACCAUCACAAAGUUAGAAGACAGUGAAAAUCACAAAAAUGCAUUUGAAAUAUCAGGAAAUAUGAUUGAACGGAUAUUAGUAUCAUGUAACAACCAACAAGAUUUGCAUGAAUGGGUGGAUCAUCUGCAAAAGCAAACCAAAGUUACAACUGUUGUGAAUCCCACUAUUAAACCUCAUUCUGUGCCAUCUCACACACUUCCCUCCCAUCCAGUAACACCAUCCAGCAAACACACAGACAGCAAACCGAUACCGCUGACCCCUGCCUAUCACACGCUUCCACAUCUUUCGCAUCAUGGGACUCCACAUACAACUAUAAACUGGGGACCCCUGGAGCCUCCUAAAACUCCCAAACCUUGGAGCUUGAGCUGUUUACGACCCGCACCUCCAUUACGGCCGUCAGCAGCUCUCUGUUAUAAAGAGGAUCUCAGUAAAAGUCCUAAAACCAUGAAAAAACUGCUUCCCAAGCGCAAGCCUGAACGUAAGCCAUCAGAUGAAGAGUUUGCACUGAGAAAAAGUACAGCUGCACUAGAAGAAGAUGCUCAAAUUCUAAAGGUCAUUGAAGCUUACUGCACAAGUGCCAAAACACGGCAAACAUUAAAUUCAACAUGGCAAGGCACUGACCUGAUGCAUAAUCACGUCUUGGCUGAUGAUGACCAAUCAAGUCUAGACUCCUUGGGUCGUCGCAGUAGUCUUUCUCGUUUGGAGCCUUCAGACCUCUCAGAAGACUCUGACUAUGACAGUAUAUGGACAGCCCAUAGUUACAGAAUGGGGUCUACAUCUCGUUCUCGUAAAGAAUCUACUCCCCAAGUGCUGCUUCCAGAGGAAGAGAAAAUUAUUGUAGAAGAAACAAAAAGUAAUGGCCAGACUGUUAUAGAAGAGAAAAGCCUUGUUGACACGGUGUAUGCAUUAAAGGAUGAAGUACAGGAACUAAGACAGGAUAACAAGAAGAUGAAGAAAUCAUUAGAAGAAGAGCAAAGAGCUCGCAAGGACCUGGAAAAGCUUGUUAGGAAAGUUUUAAAGAAUAUGAAUGAUCCGUCUUGGGAUGAAACCAAUUUAUAACUAAUUGAUCAUUGUUUCUUUCUAUUGAAAGAUCAGUUUCAAACCAAGCUGGGAAGCCUUCUGACACUAGGUCAGUGUUGCAUCAAGAGCACUACACAGCAGAAUCUAACUGGAUCUAGUGAUUUUUCUUGCUUGUAAUAUAUAGAAGCAGUCAAACUAUUCACUGAAGCAGUAUGUACUGUUAGGUGUGGAGACCAUAGAUCCUGAAAUCUACUUAACUGAAUUUGUUUGCCUCUAAAUUACCUCAUUUUGCAUAAAGUGCAGCACCUGACUAAAAGUCCAUGUUUUCAGUGGCUUUUUAUUUUAAAUAUGUAUUUUUCUUGUAAAUAUCUGUAAUUUUGAAUGCAUGUGUGAUUGAUGUAUCAGAGCUGAUACAACAUUUUUUUUUUUUUUUUUUCAGGUAGUGUCGGAUUGAUGUUGUAGCCAUGAUGGUCCAGGAAUUGUGAGACGUGAGGAUUUUUUGUGGGUGACAUAUUUUAUCAAAUCAACUGCGUAGUUGGGAUAAAGAUAGACAAGCGUUUGAAUGCAGGGCCUGAAAUAGAAUGUCCUACAUUCAGAAGCUUGUCUAUCUUUAUCCCAACUAUGCAGUUGGUCCAAUAAAAGAUGUCACCCGCCAAAAAUCCUUGCACAUCUCAUACUUUCCCCCCUCCUUUUAUUAUUAUAAUGGUCACAAGUGUUAGAAAUGAUGGCAAUACACUCACCUAAAAUCAAAGUUCUUUCUGUAUUAUCUGUAGGUUUGUCUUAAAGUACCAUACUUAUCACAUACACUAUUCUUCAAACCCUGUUCUCCUGUUGAUCAGUGUAUUUAAAUCAUUUAACAUUAUUUAUGUCUGUGCAAGCAUUAAAAACAGUUUACAAUACUUUUUAUAAAAAAAAAAAACAGUAUUAAAUAAAAAUUGUAGAUUGACACCAUUUUUAUUUAAAAUUAAUUUCUAAUGGGCCAUGACUUGUAUUUAUUUACACUUGUAUGGAGCACUAAUAUACAACACUAUUUUGGCCAAAUAAAUACUGAUUUACUUGCCUGUUUUUAUAAUGACUGUAAUUUUUAGAUGUUCAUGUACUACAUUUUCUAUUGUUGUGCAUGUACGUAAACAUACAGCUAGCUGAUAAUUUAAUGGAACAUACCGUUUUAUCAGUUUUUGUCCAAGCAAAAAAUGUCCUAAUUUAGAUUUUGUGAAUAAAUUGUACUAUUUAUUCUAUGGUCACCGUAACCAAUUAAAAUAAAAUUUUAGACUAACCUUUGUGUGUAGGCUAUUUGAACUAGGCCAAUCUAAAGUCAGAAUUUAGUUUUUCUACCAUAAUACAGGACAUUUUUAUUCAGAACACCCUUGGUGGAAGAAUAUUCUUUCCAUCCCUACCUUUUCACAGGAAACACAAGCUAUAUUACUGUUUUCAUCCCAGAACAAACAAACAGAAGCAGAUUUGGAAAUAAGGUUUGUAACUGAUACCUGUUUUUUUUUGUAGUUCAUUACACUCAAUUGUUGUCAUUUUGCAGCUGUCUCAGAUUGGAUGUUCUACAAUGCAUACAGUGAACACCAUUAAGUACACUAAUUCCCCAGGUCUUUAUGCAUGUAGUAACUGCAGUGUUUUUCUGAAUUUAGAGUAGAAAAUGCUACAGUAUUGCAUAUUGUUUUUCAUGAUGCACCCUCUUUGUCUAAUCUACAGCCUGUAAUAGUUAGACUUCCAUUAAUUUCAGUAAAUUUGGGACUGAGCCCUAGAAGACACAAUUUUAUUCCACUUUAGUCAUUACAUUAUUUGAGGUGCAUUCUCCAUGCCUUUAAACAAUAUAUUCCAGUCACUUGUGUUUUUUUUUCCAACUGUCCAGAGAGAGAGAGAGGUGGAACUGUAUCAUAACCAGCUAUAUACUCAAGUUAUUUGAUUGACUUAAGUGACAACAGAUAUAGCACUGAUUGAAUAAAGCACUUAAGUGCAUACCUAAUUUCAAACUAUGACCUAAACAACUGUCUAAAACUUGAUGAAUUGGUGUCUAAAACAUUUAGACAAAAUAAAUUGUCGUACUUAGUUUACAGUUUCUCUCUGAUGGAAAGCUACUUUGAAAAUUGAUUUGCUGAGAAAAGAUAGAAGGGUUUUUUUGUUUAAGGAGUAGGGUAAGAAUAUUAACCUUUAAAAAUAGUGGGAUUCAUCUUACAGCUUGCAAGCCUGAAUUGUAGAGCUCCAAAUGCACCUACGGGCAUUUUUACACAUGCAAGCACCACAGCACCAGGCACUUUGAAAACUGCCCAGUGCUGUGACGCUUACACUUGUAUAAGUGGCAAAAUGCAUAUCAGCGCAAAGAAAAUAGCGGAGGUGUGCUUUUGAACUAAAACAUCUUGGAGGUGCUUUAGUUCAAAAACGCAUUGCCACCAUUUUCUCCACGCUGACAUGCAUUCCGGCAUUUAUACAACUGCAUGCGAUGCAGCGCAGUGUGCGUCUGCUCCCAUGCUGAGUAGAUCUCCGGCGUGUCCAAGAACUAAAAGGUCCCUGUAUAAAUUCCCUAAAUGCCUGUCUAGUUGAACAGUUAGGGACUUAACUUCAUGCUCCCAAAUUUGCCCAUUGGUCUCCCCAGAGUCAUUAAGGAGUAGACUUGCUUAAAAGACAACAUAUUGGGGUGUGUUAAUUGAGCUUUUAGAAAAGCUCAAUACUUAUUAGAACUUCUGGACCUGAAAAGUUUACUUGUUAAAAAUGUUGAGUUUUCUUCAGGUGUGUGGAACUUGUUAAGUUCAGACGUUGAAAUCUAAGUGGUUUGUUCAGCUUAUAUUUCAGUGUACAUUAUCAUUUUCUGUUGUUCAUACAAACAUUCCAGAGGAAAAAUGUAAAAGGAGAGUAUUUUAAUCUUAGUCUCGAACAAAUUUUAACUCAGGAACAACUUCUGUCAUAAUAUGAUCUUUAUUUUAUGUUGUAUUUUAAAGUGUAGAGUGUAAAUUUGCUGACACUUAGUAUGUGUGGUAGCUAGUGACUAUUCUCAUUUCUGAUAGUAUCCCGGUACUGAUAUCUUACUGAAUAUGCCUUAAAUUAUUAAAAUUAAGCAGUUAAUAACUGGUUUAACAGCCUGUUGUUCAAAAUUGAUUUGGAAGAGGGCAUUUUUUUUAAAGAAAAAGUUGAUGCAGUGUAUGUAGCUUUUUGUCCUUAACUCUGUUAGGGAGAGCAAGAUUCAGAUCUUCAGAACCAAUAAAUAUCUACAUAACCUUUUUCUUUCAAAAUUUGUUGUACUUUAUAUAAACUUGUAAACCUUGUGACCUGAAUUGGGAACUUUAUCUAAACAUGGAUAAAUGGGGCACUGUGUAUUUAACCUAUCAAAGUAGUGGUGUUGUUAUGGGGUUUUUUUGCUGUCAUCAUUUAGGGAUGAGGAGCUGAAGCCAUUUCUUAUCCUAGAGAUGUGAAGCACUUUUCAGUUCUAAGCUGUUCAAAAUGUAGCAUAACAUUUCUGUGUAUUUAAUGAUGUGUGCUUGUUUGUCUUGCCAUAUGACAUCUUAAACAACUGACUGCCUUUGUAUAAACCUUUUUAAUGCCAAUCAUUUAGGAACCUAGGAUGUCCAUUUACAAUAAUUGUGGAGAAUGCAAGUUUAGUUUAGAUGUCACAGAUAAUGCUCUGAUAUUGACUACUACUAUGUUUAUGCUACAUUGUUGUAAUUAAACAAUGAUUUUUUUUUGUAUGCAAUGAAGUGUUACAUUUCA